GAUGAUAACCAAGCUGAGCGCAGCGGAGGCCGCGCCAUGUGUAUAGAGAGUAUAGCAGGGAAGCGGGCGGGCAUAGUGAGAAAGUGCAGUGUCCGCCAUUGAAUGGGAAGCUGUGGUGUUUCAUUUUUAUAGACAUUCCUUUUUAUUGGAUAUCGUGGUGUAAAUGGAGCCCCAAGAAUCUUGCAAACGGAGGUUGGUGUUUGUUCGCUUUGCAAUUAUUCGUAGCAUUUUGUACUUAGCACCAGUAGUUGCUUCGCCCAAUAAGAAGGUAAUACUCGGUUCCUGAGGUUUCUAUGUACCUUGUUUCAGGUGUUGUGUGUGUUUCUGUAUGUAAAGACCCGGUGAGUUACAUGUUUGGUGUAUCGCUUGCUGUCUCGGUGUUUCAAGCGGCCAUUUCUGGAAACACGCAUUUACCCUGCCGCGUCGCUUUGUCGUCUUUGUUUAGUGAAGCCUCGUAAGGAGAGUGGUGGUGUGAUGCCACAUGUUUUAACAAUUGAGUGAUGUGAUGUGCUUGGAAAGUAGUGUUUGAAAGUAAGAUUUAAGUCGGGUCAGCAAAUUAAUUUUUGAGUGUAUUCUGUGCUGACGUGUGGGUUACACCCGCCGGACACAAUGGAAUGCUGUUCCAUCGCAGUUACGUUGUCGUGUUUAUUGGCUGUGCUGUUUAGUAUUGAAAGUUACCAUUCCUAAUCAGUACGAGUGCAGUGACAAAACUAAACUUCUGGGAUGUGUAAUGACUGACUACGCCCGAAGCUUGGAUUCCUCUGCAGUCUCUCCUAGUCACGGAUUUCUGCGUGCGGGUACAAUUUGAAGACCUAGACAGGAACGUUUCGUCUAUAAUAAUAGACGAAAAAAGGACAUCUUCAAGAAGCAUCCCACGGUACUUCAAGCUUAUAUCAGAGGGUAAAAUGACUAAUGGUCCAAGGAGGUAACUCGGCGCAUUGCCAGUAAGACUUCAAAUUAGAGGGUGCUUGGAUCAAAUACCGGGGUCUGCUCUUCGUAUAUAUCGUCAGCCUCUCCAGGGGCUAAGAUGUUGGUGGCCGGCGGGCCGUGCGGGCCUGGUCAACCCUCACACCACGGCUCGCCACGGACCCGGCUCUGCGGAUGGCUGCCCCAAUGAGAGACAACCCGCUGGACGGCGGCCACCGAUCGAAGGUGGCAGACCCCAGGACGACGGCGGCGGCGGCGAAGGCGGAAUCGGCAGCUUCCAACUUCGAGUACGAUGAUAACGAAUGGGACAUUGGGAUAGGCGAUCUUAUUAUAGACUUGGAUGCUGAUAUAGAGAAAACGAACGAGAAGAGCGGGGGGGUGGGGUCAGGGGGCACCACCGCCAACAGUAACAACUCGGGGAUGUCUUCUGCAACGAGUGGUACCGGCAACAAGACCGGGAAGAUGGCAGUCGAACACUCUGCCACAGUGGAUAAGGGACUCAAGAUGAAGAUAAAGCGGACCAAACCUGGUACAAAGACCUGUGAAGCGAAACAUGAGAUUGUGAAGCCUGGUGAACAGAACGGAGGUGAAGCUGGUGCAGGGGAUGGCAGUAAGGGGAAGCAUCCACCGCCUUCUGGUGUCAGUGGGGGUGGGCUGAGUGCAGGCAGCGGUAGCAGUGGCAGUAAUAGCCUUAGCACCGGCACUGGUAGUUGCAGUGGCAGUGGUAGUGGCAGUGGCAGUAAUGGAGGUGGGAGUAAUAGCAGUAGCAAGCGAGGUUCGAGUGGACACCGCAGGGACAAGGCGAGGGACAAACACGGGGGGACAGAUAAGACAGUGAGCAAACCGACACCAUCUCCUGCACCAUCUCAAACCGUCUCCACAGCUCCGGAUGUGAACGGUGUAGUGCGACCGGCGGUGUCGACAGUCACAACGGCCAUGCCUCAGGCUGUUCAGCAGCCACCUCAGCAGGCGUCGGCACCACCCCAAGCACAACCACCGCCACCACAACAGCAGCGGGUGGUGUUUCCUGUGUCAUCGGGUCCAGGGCCCCCUGCGCCCAUCGCCCCUAAUGCACCAGGCCCACCUUCUGUGGCAGCCACGGCACCAGCCGCCGUUGUCUCGGCCACCACCAAACCAGAAGCACCCAAGAUUCUGGUUUCUGCAUCAGCAGCCGCUGGGCCGGUGGAGGAGAACAGACCCACUUCUCCACCUCCGCCAAAAAAGAUAAAGACUUCUACAGAACCUAAGGACAUGUUGGAUGUGUGCGUCGGGACGAGCGUUGGAACCAUCACGGAGCCUGACUGUCUGGGGCCCUGCGAGCCUGGCACCAGUGUUACUCUGGAAGGCAUUGUAUGGCAUGAGACUGAGGGCGGCGUCCUGGUGGUGAAUGUGACAUGGCGAGGGAAGACUUAUGUAGGCACACUCCUAGACUGUACCAGGCAUGACUGGGCUCCACCAAGGUUCUGUGAUUCACCUACAAGUGAUCUGGAUGCCAGGAUGCCUAAGGGUCGAGGGAAGCGUGGCAGAGCAGCAGCCAUUACAAAUCCUGGAGGGGACCUCAGUAAUUUCACAGAGACACGAUCAUCUGUGCAUAGCAAAUUGCGAAAUGGUGGCGCCAAGGGUCGUCGUGGAGGUGCAGGUUCAUCUAGUUCAGGUGCAACAGCUGGAACUGGAUCACCUACACCAUUUGCACCACCUCGGCCAGAGUCUAACAGUAAAAGAAAGGGGCGAGUGCCUGACGAGGAAGCUCUUGGAGCAGCGAAAAAGAAUAGAAGCACUCCUGUGUCAGGAAGCAAUAGUCCCCCUUCCUCUCCUGUGCUACUUGAGUGUCCAGAACCAAACUGUUCGAAGAAGUACAAGCAUAUCAAUGGACUUAAGUACCACCAGUCACAUGCACAUGGGUCUGCAGAAGAUGAAGACACAAAAGAUGCUGCAAGCUUAUCAGAAAAUGAUGAAAGUAAUGCUGAAGCACCAAGCCCAGCUCUCUCAGUCAAAUCUCCUGAAAAGUUGACUGAUCAACAACCACCACAGCAACAACAGCAACAGCGUAAGGAUGAGAUCACGAAUCAAAGUCCUUUGCAGAUUCCUUCAAGUGGACUUCAGUCAGCACCUCAUUCCACACCGUCGAAUGUUCCAGAACAACCAAGUCAACCAAUUCUGAACAAAAGUGGGUUGGUUUCGUCGCCAACUCCGCACUUGCCAUCAGGGGCUUUAAACCAAGUCCCUUCUGCUCCUCCAGAACUAGUCCCAGCUCCAGUUGCAUCAGCAGGUUCCCUUCUGAACCCUGAUACAAAAAAUGUAGUAAAGCCUGGUGUUCUUCGUUUUGGACCACCUGUUGAAGACUUCUCUGUAGGCAUGUUUUGUAGCAACAAGCAGAUUUUACCAACAACUCCCGUGGCAAGCAGCAGCACACCAGUGUCAACGAUCAGAGCUGUCAGUGUGGCUGUGGCACCAAGCCAGCCUCAGCUUCAACCUCAACCCCAGCCCCAGACACAGGUUUCUUCUUUACAACAGCCUCAGGCACAACCUCAGACUCAACCUCAAACACUGCCUCAGCCUCAGGCCCUUCCGCUGCAACAGACCCUUCCUCUUCCACACUCACAAUUGCCUGUAACUAAUAAGCCUCCUCCACCUCAGUUCAAGGUGAAACCAACUGCUUCGCUUAUGCCUGACGACAAGAAGAAAUUGCAGGGCCACAAGAAGAAGAACCGCAAGUCUCCUGCUGGCAGUCCACAUCCACAACCUGAACAGCCUUCUUUUGGCGUGGAUGCUGUGGGUCGUGAAGAUGUACAAAGCCCUGCCUAUUCAGACAUAUCAGAUGAUACAGCUCCAGUGUUGGAAUCUGAAGUUGGUGAUGGGAAGAGCAAGGGUCAGAAUGGAGACAAAAAGGGAGAAGUAGGUCAGGGACCUUCUCCACAUUCUAUGCCACAUUAUGGCAUAUAUCCGUUCUAUGGCCAACCACCCUAUCUUGUUCCAUCUGUGCAGCAGGAUAGUAAACCAAAGGAGAACAAUGAAAAACUAAUAGAAAACAAAGGCAUGGAAAAGGAUAAGAAAGAUUGUGCAAAUAAUGGUGACUAUCAACAGAAGUUGUUACAGCCACACUACUAUCCAUAUGGCUACAUGCCAAGCUAUGCUUACAAUCUGGAACCAAGUUACCCUGUUGCUGUCAUGCCUUCCGAAGACAAAGGAAAAGAACCCAUUGGUAAGGAUGAUAAGAGCCCUAGCCCCUCAGACCAUGGGAAGCCUAUUCCUGCAUCUCCAAGCCCACUCCAGGUACCCAAUCCUUCCAAAGUGAAGGUAGAACCUGUAUCAGGUGUGAAGGACAAGCAUCAGAAUGAAAACCAUCAAAUACUGAAAGAAAGUAUUGAAAUGAAGAAUCAGAUGAGCCCAUAUCUGUAUUCACGUCAACAACAGCAACAACAGCAGCAGCAGCAGCAGCAACAACAACAACAGCAACAGCAGCAGCAGCAACAGCAACCAGAAGAGUUGCGGAGGUAUUAUUUGUAUCCUGAUCAGCAGCGACGUAAAGAGCCGCAAGUCCAACCAGAACCAUUACCCAAACCAAGUGCACCUCCCCCCAAAACAACAUUGCCAAGCCCAAGUCACAAGCAUAAAGAUAAACCUUCAGAAGAGAAGAAGGAGGAUAAGGUGAAACAGGAAGGAGUGAAACCUACAAUGGAGACACAGGGUCCGCCACCACCACCAACAUCCUCUUAUGCCUAUAUCCAUCCAAGUUACAUGCAGUCACCUCAUUACGGUGCAUUACCAUUUGAUCCUGGCCACCCCAUGUAUCGAAGCAUCAAUCCCAUGCUAGUUCCAGGAUAUGGGACAAAUCCAUAUCUCCACCCCCAGAUACCCCGUUACCACGCGCCAGAAGAUCUAUCACGCCCACCUUCAGGGCCUACCAAAGCAUUGGAUUUGCUGCAGCAUCAUGCUAACCAGUACUAUUCGUCACACAAAAUCCACGAGCUUCAGGAACGUGCGCUCAAAUCUCCCACACCUAAGACUGCUUCAGCAAGUGCAUCACCGUCAGGAGCAGGAGGUCCACCCGUAGGGACAGCUCCAGGACAAGGUGUACCUCAAGGGCCUCCUGUUUCUGUGGCAGGUGGUGGACCAGGAGGGACUGCACCUCCAGGGAAGCAGGUGCCUGGUGACGGAAAGGAGACAAGAUCUCCUCCUCCCCAACGUCAUGUGCACACGCACCAUCAUACCCAUGUCGGGUUGGGUUACCCCAUUCUGGCAGGCCAGUAUCCUGCACCUUAUGGAGCGGCUGUGCUAGCGAGCCAGCAGGCAGCGGCUGUGGCCGCCACAGUCAUCAAUCCGUACCCACCAAAAUGAAGUGCGCCUAGUGUAACACUCAAACCCUGCAUUGUGCGUGUGCUUGUGCGAAUGUACGAUGAUAUAGCGUGUAAACAUAGUGAUGUGAAGGCCAGGCCUCCGAAAUGUUGGACAAAAUACUGAAGAAGAGUAGAAUGGUGCAAGAUCCUCAGUUGUUGCUCCUUCAGAAUGAAUAAUUAUGAAAUGCAAAUAUUAACACUGAUGUUGGUUGCAUAUGAGGAUUGAAACUUUGGAAACUGAAGUUAAGUGUACCAUAGAAGUAGAGCUUGGAAAAGUUCUCUUUUCUUAAUAAAGAAUGUGUUAUGUCUUGUUUCAAAUUAUAGCAUAGCAGACAUUAGCUUUUGUGCUCAUCGGAAGGUCCCUGAUUGUAUGAACCAUUCCAAGUGCGUUUCUGUGUUAAUAAUGACACAGUUGAAAUCUUGAGAUUUUCUUGCAUACUGGAUGAAUGUUUUGCAGUUAUCUAUAGCUAUAAUAAAACAUAUUAAUCUUUUGUGUAUAUAGUGUAAAGACACAUUUCAUUGUCUUUUUGGAGUCAUAGUUUAUGUAGACAGUGCAAGAAAUUUAAGCUCCAUGUGAAUUUUAAUGUUUUUGAAUUACUAGAGAAGUGGCAGAAUGUUUAUUAUCAUGAUCAUCAUCAUUUAUGUUAAUGAAAGAUGCAUUUCAUUAAUUGGUUAAUAUCUUCCUUAAAUCACCUGUCCAUUCCAGUUUUAGUGGAAUGUGAUGUACAGUAAUUACAAAUCAAAUUAUAUUAUAUAGGAGAUGAGAUAUAGCUGUACCUUAUAUUUGCUUAGGAUAAUAACAAAGCAAAAGAAAUUGUUUGCUGUUGUUAAUUUAGUUUCCUGUCUCUUUUGUGUUCAGCAGAAUACCCACCUGCCCAGAGUACACUGAGGUUAAAGAAGUGUUAACUGGGGGACAUGACAUAUACACACAAACUGUUGCUGGUAGAACCAUCUGUUUUUGCCUAACUUAAUCUACUUGUCAGUAUUUAGACACUUGUAGAAUAGUAAAGCACUAUAUCACACAAUGUCACACGGAAACUCAAAACUACUGGCAUCUCGAUCUCGCAUAUAUAUAGACAUACAUAUAUAAUAUAUUGGAUUACAGUUUUGUAAUAAUAAAGCCAGAAGGCCAAAAAGUGAUGUGAUCCACUUCACAUGAAGUCAGUCCAUUCUGUUGAAAGUGGUCUUCAUCAACAAAAUUCCAGUUAUCAUUGAAUGUGUUGCAGCUGAUAUUUAACAACAAUUUGGAGUAUCAGAGAGAAAGAAACCAGUGACCUAAGCACAUGUGGACUGUGGUGAUAAUUGCAUUGCUAAUUGGUGCAAGUUUGUAUUGAUUUCAGGCUGCACAUAGCAUGUAUUUAUUUUAGAAAGUUAUUUUGUUGAUGAUGAUUAUCUUAUUAACCUUCCUUUUCCUGUUCAAAUUGUACAGUUUAAGAGAAGUUUGAAGUGACUGAGAGACAAUCUGGAUACUUUGGUUUCUCUUAACAAUAAACAUGAAAUGAUAGAAAUAUUCAGGGAUUAUUUGCUUUUUAAAUGUAUUUUGCAGCCUAAUUUAUGUCUUGACUAAUGAAAAUUGUGUACAAUACUUUACAGUUAAGAAGUGCUUGUAAAAACGUGCCUUAACAUUUUAAUUAGGUGUUGUUGUUUGUGAUAAUUCCAGCAAAGAACUUAUUAAAAUGCUUGAUGUGUUUAUCUUACAUUGGA